CUCCUUCCUCCCUUGCCCAGCCAUUUCCUUCAUUCUCCCCCGCACAUCCUGAUGAAGAUCCAAGGGGACUCGAAUUAUGAGGAGCAAUAAACACAGCUGAACUUUUCCUACAGCAGAGGAAAGUCUCAAGGGGUGAUCAGAUAACCGCCUACAAGCAUUUUCACGGUGGAAACGGGAGUGUAAGAGCCGAAGAUGAGGCCCAGGGUGGAGUGCUACUCUCCAAGGUUUUGGCUGGUGCUGGCAGUCCUCGCAACAACAGGGAGCGGGGCCCACGCCCAGAAAAGCCACCCGAGCAUUGGCAUUGCAGUCAUCCUGGUGGGGACCUCAGACGAAGUGGCCAUCAAAGAUGCCCACGAGAAAGAUGACUUCCACCACCUCUCAGUGGUGCCUCGGGUGGAGCUGGUGGCCAUGAAUGAGACAGAUCCCAAGAGCAUCAUCACCCGCAUCUGUGACCUCAUGUCUGACCGGAAGAUCCAAGGGGUGGUAUUCGCCGAUGACACAGACCAGGAAGCCAUUGCCCAGAUCCUGGACUUCAUCUCUGCCCAGACCCUCACUCCCAUCCUGGGCAUCCAUGGAGGCUCCUCUAUGAUCAUGGCAGAUAAGGAUGAGUCAUCCAUGUUCUUCCAGUUUGGCCCAUCAAUAGAACAGCAAGCUUCUGUCAUGCUCAACAUCAUGGAAGAAUACGACUGGUACAUCUUCUCCAUUGUCACUACUUACUUCCCUGGUUACCAGGACUUUGUCAACAAGAUCCGCAGUACCAUUGAGCACAGCUUUGUGGGCUGGGAACUGGAGGAGGUCCUUCUGUUGGACAUGUCCCUGGAUGACGGGGACUCAAAGAUCCAGAACCAGCUCAAGAAGCUCCAAAGCCCUGUUAUCCUCCUCUACUGCACAAAGGAAGAGGCCACCUACAUUUUUGAGGUGGCCAACUCAGUGGGUCUGACAGGCUAUGGUUACACGUGGAUCGUGCCCAGCCUGGUGGCAGGGGAUACAGACACAGUGCCAUCCGAGUUCCCCACCGGGCUCAUCUCUGUCUCAUAUGAUGAAUGGGACUACGGUCUUCCUGCCAGAGUAAGGGAUGGAAUAGCCAUAAUCACCACGGCUGCUUCUGAUAUGCUGUCUGAACACAGCUUCAUCCCUGAGCCCAAGAGCAGCUGUUACAACACCCAGGAGAAAAGGAUUUACCAGUCCAACAUGCUCAACAGGUAA